CUGCGCCGCCUUUGCCACAACCAUGGCGAAGUUGAGCAAAGAGGCCAAGCAGAGGCUGCAGCAGCUCUUCAAGGGCGGCCAGUUUGCCAUCCGCUGGGGUUUUAUUCCUCUCGUGAUUUACUUGGGGUUUAAGAGAGGUGCAGAUCCUGGAAUGCCUGAGCCAAGUGUUUUAAGCUUGCUUUGGGGAUAAAGGACUAUUUGAUCAUCUGGAUUUGGAAGCAGUCAGUGAACAAGAACAA